AUGCCAAAAUCUUUGGCGCGGCGUCAGGUUGGAGUGACUUGCGGCAACUCGUCUGUUCAGCAGUCAAAGUACACAUCGUUGUCGACUAUUCGGAAAUCCGCAGGCAGCACCUUUUCUGUGAACUGCAAGAUCAAAGCUCACGGGCGUCGUAGCAGGAGCGUCGAAAACCUGGAAUCAUGCCGUGACGUAGCCGCUGCUAAAUGCAAUAAGCAUCCUGAAACUACUGGCAUCAAGAAACAGUUAAAUAUUCGGAAUGUUUCAUCAUAUAGCGAUAGCUUGCAGCGGAAUGUGCUGAAACACAGUCGCUCUGAUCCUUGCCAAAAGCGUGACAUCCUCUCGCUCAGCCCCAGCAAGACUAGCUGCAAAGGAAAGGCACUGACGACCAGACAUCGCGAAAGCGUUUGCUGCGACCGCCAGGUGGCGGACGAAGACGAUGAAACGCUUCGAGACAUAACUGAGGAAGACGCGUCGUUUGCACUCGAAGAACAGCAACUGCGGCACGAGAUCGUAAAGGAACGUCGCCGAUCAGCUGAUGCCAUUACCAAAGGCUUUGAAUUGAACCAGUUGAGCGACAUGAAUGUAGGUGGUGUCAUCCAAUUCAUCGUAAUCUUGAGUUUUUAG